CCUCGCAAAUGGGCAGAGCGAACACAGAAGCUCGUGCGCUGUGCCCAGAAUCUCUCCGGUAUAUUCAACAUAACGACGUCUCCGCACGCUUAAUGUGGGGUCUCAAGCCUUAAAACCACCUCGUAGCAUCACCGCGGGCUGCCGACAGAAACCACUGCAAAGGUUGGACUCUGCCCCCUGAGAUGUUACUGAGCAGCAAGGAUGGAUCAAAGAAGGAAAUCACGACGGUGACGAGCUGCAUGCCACCCUCCAAAAACUGCCGCAGCCACUCCAACUGACACAGAUAUGCCUCGCCUGACCUCCUGAUUCCUCUCGCCAAACUCUUUAUCUUUCCCCCUGUCCAGUCAAAGUCAGUCCAGCUCUUCCAAGUCCCUGUCCUGUCAGCAUGGCUACACCUUUCCUGUGGAAACUGUCCUCUCAGAAGCUGGGCUUCUUCCUGGUCAGCUUCGGCUUCAUCUGGGGCAUGAUGCUGCUGCAUUUCACCAUCCAGCAGCGAGCCAGCCACGAGAACAGUGCCGUGCUGCGUCAGCAGAUCCUCGACCUUAGCAAGCGCUACAUCAAAGCGCUGGCUGAGGAAAACCAAAGUGUCAUGGAUGGUCCGUAUGUGGGAACCAUGACGGCUUACGACCUGAAGAAGACUCUCGCAGUCCUGCUGGAUAACAUCAUGAUGAGGCUGGGCAAGCUAGAGUCCAAGGUGGAGAACAUCUACAAUGGCACAGGGCCCAACCUGAGCAAUGGCACCAGCACUAUUACACCCAGCGCUCCAAACUCAGAGAAAAUAAACGUGGCAGACCUCCUAAAUGGAGCCCAGGAGAAGUGCGAGCUGCCGCCUUUGGAUGGUUUCCCUCACUGCGAGGGCAAGCUCAAGUGGAUGAAGGAGAUGUGGCGCUCUGAUGCCUGCUACGCCAACUACGGCGUGGAUGGAUCCACCUGCUCCUUCUUCAUCUACCUCAGCGAGGUGGAGAACUGGUGUCCUCGUCUGCCCUGGCGAACCAAGACCCUGAAUGAAGAAAUGGACCAGAGAGGCCAGGCGGAGAUCCGGACCAGUUUCGAAGAGCUUUACCGGAUGAUGUCACAACGGGAGGAGUUCCGCUGGAUGAUGCUGAGGAUCAAACGCAUGGCCGAGCCGUGGGUCAGCGCCAUCCGCUCGCUGGCUGCAAAGCAGAACCUGGGCAAGCGGCGGAAGAAGAAGAUCCUGGUCCAUCUUGGUCUGCUGACCAAGGAGUCCGGCUUCAAGAUUGCAGAAAAUGCUUUCAGUGGGGGCCCACUGGGGGAGCUGGUCCAGUGGAGUGACCUCAUAACCACGUUGUACCUGCUGGGCCACAACAUUCGCAUCUCUGCUUCCCUCAAUGAGCUCAAAGAGAUCAUGCGAAAGGUUAUGGGAAACAAAUCCAGCUGCCCCACCCAGGGCGAUAAAGUGGUAGAGCUUAUAUACAUCGACAUCGUGGGUCUGACCCAGUUUAAGAAGACUCUGGGGCCUUCCUGGGUCCACUACCAGUGCAUGUUGCGGGUGCUGGAUUCAUUUGGGACUGAGCCAGAGUUCAACCAUGCUCACUAUGCCCAGUCCAAGGGCCACAAGACGCCCUGGGGGAAGUGGAACCUCAACCCACAGCAGUUCAACACCAUGUUUCCUCACACCCCAGACAACAGUUUCCUGGGCUUUGUUGUGGAGCAGCACCUCAACGCCAGUGACAUCAAGCACAUCGAUGACGUUAAGAGACAGAAUCAGUCACUAGUCUAUGGCAAGGUGGACAACUUCUGGAAGGACAAGAAGAAGUACCUGGACAUCAUUCACAGCUACAUGGAGGUUCACGGCACAGUACACGGCACCAGCACCGUGCACCUCCCGAGCUACGUUAAGAACCACGGCAUCCUCAGCGGCCGAGACCUUCAGUUCCUCCUGAGAGAAACGAAGCUGUUUGUGGGUCUGUCCUUCCCUUACGAGGGUCCCGCCCCCCUGGAGGCCAUUGCCAACGGCUGCGCCUUCCUCAACCCCAAGUUCAACCCUCCGAAGAGCAGCAAGAACACAGACUUCUUCAAGGGCAAACCCACCCUGAGAGAGCUGACCUCUCAGCACCCAUACGCCGAGGUGUACAUCGGUCGGCCCCACGUCUGGACGGUGGAUAUCGAGAACUCUGCCGAAGUAGAGAGGGCCAUCCGCUCCAUCCUCAGCCAGAAGAUUGAGCCCUACCUGCCCUAUGAGUUCACCUGUGAGGGGAUGCUGCAGAGAGUGAACGCCUUCAUCGAGAACCAGGACUUCUGUCACGGUCAGGUCAUGUGGCCUCCCCUCAGCGCCCUGCAAGUGAAGCUGGCAGAGCCCGGGCACUCCUGCAAGCAGGUCUGUCAGGAGGAGCAGCUCAUCUGUGAGCCCUCCUUCUUCCAGCACCUUAACAAGGAUAAAGACCUGACCAGGUUUGGCAUGGACUGUCAAACGGUGGAGUCGAGCGCAGACACCGUCGUGCCAGCAUACAGUGAGACUCGCCAUCACUGCAUCUUCCAGUCGGACCUGCUGCUGUUCAGCUGCGCCGGCGCCCACUCGACACUGCAGCGCAUCUGCCCCUGCCGUGACUACAUGAAGGGCCAGGUGGCGCUGUGCAAAGACUGCCUAUAGCAGCAGCACCCAGGCUGACAGAGGGUCAGGAAUCAGAUGGGAUUGCGGUGAUCGGGGAGGGGGCGGUGGUGGGUGGAUGUACAGCAGCUUGAAGGAGUGUGGUUGAGGGAGACGCACAUUCCCGAGCAGUCAUGCAGCUAUCAAACACACACACCAGACUCCUUUGUGACGACAACAGAACAAAAAGAACAAUCACAGGACUGAGCUCGCUCUUCAUAUUUAUUGUUUUCCUCUGGUAGCUGGAGGAGGAGCACUCCUGCAGCUGACCGGAGCAUCUGCCAACUCUCACCUUCAUCAGCGGGUGGCGCUAUGAGGCCUGGAAGUGGCGUGGAUUUACUUGAAUCAACAAAGGGAGUCGUACGAAGUCGCAGCAGAUGAGGUGGACUGCACAUAUCGGUGACCCCCCCCACCCUCCGCUCCACCCCUCCGUCCAUCUCACCCCUGCUCUAAUCUGAAACUGUUAAUUUUAGGUAGGUUUGCACUGGACCGGCACGGCUGAAGGCCCACAUCCCCCAGCAUACACACACACACACACACACACACACACACACACACACACAGAAACACACACACACACACACAUAGAAACACACACAAACAAAGUGGGCUGUAAUCAGAUUUACACUGUAACCAACCCAUUCGUCUCUUCUGGACAAAAAAGACUAGAUCGGACAAGUAAAAGUAGAAAUCUAGAUUUUUAUCCUGGCAGUUUCGAUCGUUUCCUGAAGCAUCCUCACCAGACUCAGUGAUCUUCAUCCCCACCCCACCCCCACCCUUAAAACAGAGGAAAUUCAAGACUGUCGUGUUCAGUUUUCAUACAUUUAAGUUGCACACUUGUUUUAAAACUGACAAAAAGUUGUAAGGAUGAGGGACUGUCUGUCUCUGUGAGUGUGUGUGUUUCUGCAAAAGGCCAGUAGAGAAUUGUAAUUUUUUUUUUUUGUCUGCCUGUUUUAAACACACCAUCCGGCACUAGGCACGCACCAAAAUGACAUCGCUCGUUCUCUGUGUCGUGGCGUCAGGUCGUAGACGAUAGCCGUCAUCAGUAGCAGCGGUAACACCUUGCAGCAAAAGGCUGGGAAGCCUUACUGUCAACACGUAGUUCCGAAGACUCAGAGAGAAACACAAAAACCUUACUUACAGAGAUGUUCGUCCAUGUCUUUGCGUUGUAAACUGUUUUUAAAAAAGACUAAAAAAAAAAGACAAAACACAGAUUCACACUCGUCUCCCAUCUUCCACAUGACCGCUGUAAAUCCUUUGCAGCAUACUGUACGCAACACAGACAUGUCAACAAAGAGCUCCGCGGUGGGCGCUACACCUUGCAUCGCCUCCUUUUCUUUGGAUAAUCGUUAGGAUCUUAAUUUGCCUGUUUAUUUGCUAAAAAAAAGAUAAAUAAGGAAAAAAAGAUAAGAUUUGUAUUUCUUGUGGUGAAUGGAAAAAAUGCACUAAGUUAAUCAGAGGUUUAACAUGAUAUUAGUAACACUGUAUAUUGUUCAUAUGAGUUUUAAAGUUUUUCUUUUGUAUUUAUUUUGUAUACAGAUCUUUAUCGCUGUGUUCGGCUGGAAAUCUUUUUCUUUUUUUAUUUAUAGGAUGGGUGUCUUUUCUUUUGUUUCCCUUUUUAUUGACUUUUAUUUAUGGAGGGUAAUUUAAAUGUAAUUAAAAAAGCAUAUUUGUCUCUAGGUGUAUGAAUAAAGACAAGGAGACUUUGUCUUCUGCUGCCCUGCUUUCAGCUGUGAUAUGAGACCAAAAAAAGCAACAAAAAUCAAAUAUUGGAACAUUUUUAUUUUGCACCAGAAUUUGGUCUCAGAUGGACUUACGUACCUAAGCCAGGCCUGUGUCUGUCUGGCUGCUUUGUGAUCGGUCUAGAAAGUAUACUAUAGAAAAUAUCUUAUCAAAUGUUUGAUUAUUUAUUCUUUAAAGAGCUUAAAUGACACAUAAAGAUUGGUUUAAAGUCAAACUUUCCAGUCUAAACGUAGCUCUCAUCCCGCUCUCUGUAAGGCAGACAGUAGUGGACAAACAUGCUUGUUUUGUGGUGAAAUGAGCCUCGUACACUUUGUGCUUUGCUUUCAUUUCACUGUUGUUUCUGUUUGCACAUGUUUCAGUUCAGCCUGAAUGGCGCCUUUUUUCUUCUUCUUUUUUUUCUUACCCUGUUAAGCAGGUCACUGAUCUGCCGCCAAGUUAAGUGUUUCAAAAAACAUGACGUGCCUUUUUGUGGUUUAACUUCAGUUCUGCUUUUGUUUGACGACUGUUGGUGAGUUGUGAUGGUUUGUGGCAGGGUCAGGUUACUCUGUUAUACAUGUUUACUUCUGCAACAUCAGAGUCAGGUUGGGGUUUUUUUAUUUUUUGAUUUAAAUUCAUUUUAAGAAAUUUAAAUUGGCUGUCCACAUCUUAAGAUCGUUUUGAUGAAGAUAUUUGGAAAAGUGAUAAAACUGAUAGGCUCUUUGUUUUUCAGAACUAAAUUAAAAAAGAAAGAAAGCAGUUUACCAUCAUGUUUACCAGUCAAGCUAGGCAGUGGAUUUACAUGUGUGAUAGUAAUGCGAUUAACCAGUUGAGUAGUCAGUAAUAAGAGGAAUCAGAUGAUCACAGCACAUGUAGAAUAAAUGGGUUGUCUGAUUUUGAAUGCCUUAAACUGAUUACUCAUAGUUAUCCGGUCCUAUCUAAACGUGACCUGCAGCACAUGUGACAGAUACACAAGUGGCUUCAAGCUUGAAGAAAAAAAGAGUGUUUUUUAAACUUUCACGAAAAGCAUCUGGUGGUGCUUCAAAACAAAUCCCAUAAAAAAACCAAAACCAACAGUGCAUUAGUGCAAAUCGCUAGUUUCCACAUUGGUUCCUGUUAAAAAUGUAAAACUGGAGUCCAGUAAUCAGUUUCGGGGGCAUGCAUUUAAAAGGAAGCGUACCUACAGUUUGAUCAGUGAAUUGUGAAAUAUCACAGUUUGUGCUGUUCUACAAUAAAUAAUAGAGCAAUAAUCGGCUGCCUCUCCAGUGACUCUGUCAUCAAGCAGACGACUCCAUUUGUGUCAAACUGUAGCUGGUACUUCUUUACUUACUUCUACUUGAAAUGAAAGUCCAAGGGGAGUUAGAGUACAUCUGACUGAGUCCAGAAGCAGCUGACCCCGCUAGUAGGAAAGACGAGCUAGGAGCCGUUUGCCGUGCUUGCUCAUGGGGGGCCGUGCUUGCUCAUGGGGGGGCCGUGCUUGCCCAUGGGGGGGCCGUGCUUGCCCAUGGUAAGUUGUUGGGGUUCUCUCUGUGUUCUAGCGCCUUGAGGUCACUGUUGUUGUGAUUUGGUUAUAUAACAAACUGAACUGAAGUAACUUUCAGAAUAAAAGAAAGGGGAUUGUCAGCUAAUAGAUCAAUCUGGAUGGUUACAUUUUUUUUCUAUUCUUUUUUUUAGAAUUAAAAAAAAAAAAAAUCAGGGCUGUAAGUGAAGCCUUGUAUUUGGGUAGCACUGAAUAUGUCAAUGUUUAGACCAGUGUGAUCACACACAUCGUUUAAAUCAACCAUGCACCUGUGGUUCUUCAUCUUUAAUGCACAUUUAAACGCCGUCAAAAUAGUCCCACUAGUAUCUCCGGGACCACAUUUCACACUUGAUGACAAAUACACACAAGUACUGAGUGACUCACAGGAUGAUUACUGCACUGUAGUGCUUAGCAGCCAUUCUUAAAACAUGAGGACAGAGUAGCAGGUGGGACUGAGUCAAACUAAACGGCACAUGCAUAAGGGAGUUACUGGAGCAAUCUGUUCAUUGAUGGUUUUGGUCUUUUUAUGGAACUUGGUCAUGAUUUUUUAUUUAUUUUUUUAAAGGUAGAAUAUCACCAGCGUUUAAAGCUUGUACAUAUCCAAUGUGGGAAUGCUUGAGUUCAUGCUACACCAACAGUGAUACCCAGCAUGAUUCCUUUUUCAGCAAAUAGGCAAAUAUUUUGAACCCUUCACAGUCGCUUCUUAAUAACUAUGACUCUGAGGCCUGCUUAAGUGAUCAGCUAAAUCCCUUCUGCUGCAGCCAGAGCCUUAUUUCUUUUCUGUUAGCUGGGCUUGUUCAGAGCACAUCUUUGAUCAGAUCAUAGGCUGUUUGGUUUCUGGAGGAAUCUGCUCAGAGCGCCAAGCCAUCAGCAAAGUUUGGACAGAAUAAAUCAGCACAUCUCAUCUGUUUUGACCUCAGCAUUGAAUGUCUCCAUUGUAUGAACUCUGCUACACACACACCAACAUGGA